AUCAAGGUGUCGAGUUGAUCGUGGCGACUCCAGGGAGACUGAUUGAUCUCCUCGCAAAGCAUGAUAUGGAGUUAGAUGAUGUCACGAUGUUUGUGGUUGAUGAAGUCGACUGCAUGCUCCAAAGGGGGUUUCGAGACCAAGUCAUGCAGAUUUUCCUCAGUCUGGCUCAACCCCAGGUUUUGAUGUACUCAGCUACCAUCUCUGAUUCCGUCGAGAAGUUGGCUAGCUCAAUGGCUAAAGACAUUGUUUUGAUCUCCAUUGGCCAGCCCAACAAGCCUAGUAUGGCAGUGAAACAGGUGGCCAUCUGGGUCGAUACCAAGCAGAAGAAGCAGAAGCUUUUCGAUAUUCUAUCAAGCAAGCAGCAUUUCGACCCACCAGCCGUGGUCUAUGUGGGGUCCAGAAUAGGAGCAGAUCUACUUUCCAAUGCGAUUUCAGUGAGUACCGGGUUGAAGGCACUGUCGAUCCACGGAGGGAAGCGAUGAGGCAAUUCUUGAUGGGAGAAGCUCCGGUGAUCGUGUCCACUGGUGUUCUGGGUCGAGGAAUUGAUCUGUUGGGUGUUAGGCAGGUUAUAGUGUUUGACAUGCCGAAUUCCAUCAAGGAAUAUGUUCAUAUGAUCGGCAGGGCUUCCCGGAUGGGGGUGGAAGGCAAAGCGAUGGCGUUCAUCAACGAGGAGAGCAAGGCAUUGUUCCCAGAGUUCGUCGAGGUGCUCAAGUCUUCCGGAGCUGCAGUACCUCGCGAGCUUGCUAAUUCCCGGUAUAGUUCGAAAUCAUUGCCUUCUAGCAAGAGCUGGAAGAAAAGGAAGCUUGGCUAGAAAUUUGACUUGUGCUUAUGCCAAUGACGGGCGGAUUCCAGCCAGUGAGGAAUGCACCCAAGCAAGCAGCCUUCUAGACGUCAGCAUGUGCCGCUGGCGCUGGUGGACCGUUCUCUAUACCGGUGACGACAGUUUGUUAUUUGCUAGCGUGAUUAAAUUGAAUGUAUAUUCCAAAUUCCUUGUAUUUGUUGACCGACAACUAAUACGAAAAUUCCUUUCCCCAAGUGGAAGAAAAUAGAAGUUGACAAUCAAAUCUUCAGUUUGACCCUACAGAAUCUGACGGUUCAUUUCAAUCCUUCUUUCACGCAGCCCAGCCCAGCCCAGCCCGUCAAGCGGCAAAGAAACGCUAGGUGCGGGCCCAGUAUCUGGAAGAAAGCAAGGCGGGAAAGAAUCUUCCCCGUAUCCCACGUGGCCUCGUAUCCUUGCCUUUCAAGGCAACAAAAAGAAGAACGAAUGAAGGGCUGGAAUUUGGAAACCUCCAGAUCAACAACGCUCAUUUGCUCUCACCCCAUACGUACUCUCACGUUCCGCAUUUCGUGCAUCACUCCCUUUUCCCUCUCUCCAAUUCUUUCUCUAAUCGCUCCGGGCAACUGUUGAAUCGGCGGCAAGAACCAGAGACGUCGGGAUAUCCUGCGGAGAAUUUGGAAGAUGAAAGCGAUCAAGCUGUUCGAGAGAGCUUCUCGAACGUACAAUGACAGCUCGUCCUUCUCGAAGCUGCUUGUGGUCUUCACCGUCAGUGGUGGAGGCCUUUUGGCUUAUGCGGACGCGAACUCGACGAGUCCGAUUGCUCCACCUGAGAUCAAGAAGAAGCGCGUCGUCGUUCUCGGAACCGGAUGGGCAGGGACGAGCUUCCUGAAACAAUUGGACAAUCCUUCCUACGAUGUUCAAGUGAUUUCGCCUCGGAAUUACUUCGCGUUCACUCCUCUGUUGCCGAGCGUCACUGUUGGAACAGUGGAGCCUCGUAGCAUCGUGGAGCCGAUCCGUAACAUCGUCAAGAAGAAGAAUGUUGACGUCCAUUAUUGGGAAGCCGAGUGUUUCAAGAUAGAUUCCCAGAGCAAGAAGGUUCACUGCCGUUCCAAUAAGAACAUCGAUGGAAAAGGGAAGGAAGAAUUUGUUGUGGAUUAUGACUACCUUGUCAUAGCAAUGGGGGCCCGUCCCAACACUUUCAAUACUCCUGGUGUCGUCGAACAUUGCAAUUUUCUCAAGGAAGUAGAAGAUGCUCAAAAGAUCCGUAGAUCCGUUAUCGAUGCGUUUGAGAAGGCAAGCUUGCCGAGUUUGAGCGAUGAAGAGAGGCAGAAGAUGCUGCAUUUUGUGGUGGUUGGUGGUGGGCCCACGGGGGUGGAGUUUGCUGCAGAACUUCAUGAUUUUGUGAAGGAAGAUCUGGUCAAGUUGUAUCCUGCAGCUGGGAAGUAUGUCAAGAUAACACUGCUUGAAGCAGCAGAUCAUAUUCUAACCAUGUUUGACAAGCGAAUUACAGAAUUCGCUGAAGACAAGUUCAAAAGAGAUGGCAUAGAUGUGAAACUAGGGUCAAUGGUUAUCAAAGUAUCUGACAAGGAGAUCUCCACUAAAGGCAGGGUUAAUGGGCAACUUUCUACCAUGCCUUACGGAAUGGUGGUCUGGUCUACUGGAAUUGGAACUGAUCCUGUUGUAAAGGAUUUUAUGAAGCAAGUCGGUCAGGAAACCAGGCGUGUUUUAGCAACUGAUGAAUGGCUGCGAGUUGAGGGAACUGAUAGCAUUUAUGCCCUUGGUGACUGUGCUACAAUUAACCAGCGCAGAGUCAUGGAGGACAUAUCCUCAAUAUUCAAGAAGGCAGACAAGGAGAACUCUGGUACCCUCACGGUGAAGCAACUUCAAGCAGUGGUCGACGACAUCUGUGAAAGGUACCCUCAAGUGGAUCUCUACCUGAAGACAAAGAAACUUCGCAACAUUGCGGAUCUUCUCAAGGACGAUUCGAAAAGCUCCGUCGCAAUCAGCAUCGAAGAGCUCAAAACAGCGCUGAAAGAAGUCGACGCUCAGGUCAAGAACCUCCCAGCAACAGCUCAGGUUGCGGCUCAGCAGGGCGCCUACCUUGCGAAAUGCUUCAACCGGAUGGAAGAAGCUGAGAAGAACCCAGAAGGACCCCUCAGGUUCAGAGGAGAAGGCCGCCAUCGUUUCCAUCCCUUCAGGUACAAGCAUUUCGGCCAAUUUGCUCCACUGGGAGGGGAACAAACGGCUGCUCAACUUCCAGGCGAUUGGGUGUCCAUUGGCCACAGCACUCAGUGGCUCUGGUACUCCGUCUACGCAAGCAAGCUGGUGAGCUGGCGCACCAGAUCUCUGGUGGUCACCGACUGGGUGAAGCGGUUCAUCUUUGGAAGGGACUCCAGCUCCAUUUGAGUCACUUCACCAAGCCAGCUGAAGAACAAAAUUUUGCACCUCUGACCAAACUCGUUAGCCUUUACACAUUGCGUUUGGCUCUUUCUAUCUCUCUCUAGACAAUAUUCCUUUUAGGAAAUAAUCCCACGCCCUGGUUUACAGCGAGGCGAAAUGGAGCACGUUUUUGUUGGCUGAGACUCGUUUUUUUCUUUGUCCGAAGGUUCUAAGGGGUUAGGCUAUUACAUUGCCUGGGAAAAUUUUGAUGCUUUCUUUUCGGUGGGAUUAUUGCUGAUGAACCGUGAAUCAUGAAUCAUGAUUGAUGCAUACAUAUGAGGAUGAACAGCUUCAUAUGGGGAUAAUAUUAUAAUAAUAAGGCUGACGG